AUGUUCGACAAGCAGUUCCGCGUGAUGGUCGUGUCCGACAUGGACUGGACGAUGGUGGACCACGACGACCACGGCGACGGCGCGCUCAAGGAGUUCAACGACCUGUGGAACAGCAAGUUCAAGCACGACUCGGCCCUCGUUUUCUCCACGGGACGCUCGCUGCAGCUCUUCCAGGAGCUCGCCUCCCAGCACCCGCUCGGCACGCCCGACCUCCUCGUGUGCUCCGUGGGCUCGGAAAUCUACCGGUUCGACGAAGCGCGCAACCCGUCGCUCGACCCGGAGUGGAUCGCGCACCUCGACGAGGGCUGGGACCGCGAGAAGGCCUGCGCGAUCGCACGCGAGUUCUCGGAGCUCAAGCCGCAGCGCGACUCCGAGCAGCGCCCGCACAAGAUCUCGUUCCACCUCGAGUGUCCGAGGGAGGAGGGCCGCGCCAAGACCUCGGCGCUGCAGGCGCGCCUGCGCGACGCGGGUCUUCCGGCCAAGGUGAUUUAUUCCGGCGGCCUCGACGUGGACAUCCUCCCCGACCGCGCCGGCAAGGGCCAGGCGCUGGCAUGGCUGCUCGAGAAGAUGGGUCAGGACCAGGGCAAACCGAGCCAGGGCACGGUCGUGUGCGGGGACAGCGGGAAUGACGUCGAGCUGUUCGAGGUGGACGGCGUGUUCGGGUGCAUGGUCAGCAACGCGCACGAGGAGCUGCGGCACUUUUGCGAGCGCGAACAAGGGGGGCGAAAGAUCCACAUGUGCCAGCGGCGGUGCGCGGGCGGCAUCGUGGAGACGCUGUACCAGUUCGGGCUCGUCCCGCAGUGA